AUGGAACCAAUUGUGGCUCUUUUAAUCGGAAAUGGUGGACGGGAGCAUGCGCUAGCUUGGAAACUUGCUCAGUCCCCUCUUGUUUCAAAAAUCUAUGUUGCACCAGGCACUGGUGGCACUGAGGCUAAGGAACCAGGAUCCAAGAUUGAAAAUGCAAACAUUGGAGUUUGCGAUUUUGAAAAGCUCGUCCAGUUUUCCUUGGAAAAGAAGGUCAAUCUCGCUGUUCCCGGCCCCGAAUUACCUUUGGUCCAAGGUAUCGAAACUCAUUUCCGUAAAGCAGGUAUCCCAUGCUUUGGCCCUUCCUCCUUGGCUGCUAGAAUGGAAGGUAGUAAAGUAUUCGCUAAAGACUUUAUGCAUAGAAACAAUAUUCCCACUGCUGUUUACCGCACAUUUAGCAAUUACAAGGAGGCCGAACAAUUCGUAAAUACUUGCUCUUUUGAUGUUGUUAUCAAGGCUGACGGUUUAGCCGGCGGAAAAGGCGUUAUCAUCCCCAAAACAAAGCAUGAAGCAGCUAGCGCUUUGCGUGACAUCAUGUUGAAUGAAGAAUUUGGUAGUGCCGGUAAAACUGUUGUUAUUGAAGAAUUGUUAGUAGGUGAAGAACUAUCUAUCCUAACUUUCACCGAUGGCUACACCUGCCGAUCUCUUCCCCCGGCCCAAGAUCACAAGCGUGCUUUUGACGGUGAUCUCGGUCCCAACACCGGUGGUAUGGGUGCUUAUGCACCAGCACCCAUUGCUACUUCACAAUUGGUUGACCAAAUUCACUCUACCAUCAUUCAGCCUACUGUUGAUGGAAUGCGCCGUGAAGGUUAUCCCCUAGUCGGUAUUCUUUUUACCGGCCUUAUGAUUACUGCUCAAGGACCUCGUGUCUUGGAAUACAAUGUUCGCUUUGGUGAUCCUGAAACCCAAGCAGUUCUUCCAUUGCUAGAAAGCGAUUUGGCUGAAAUAAUUGUUGCUGCUUUUGAACGCCGCUUGGAUUCUGUGGAUAUUAUCGUAGCAAACAAGUUUAGUUGUGCUGUCGUCUGUGUAGCUGGUGGCUAUCCUGGUUCCUAUCCUAAAGGGGAUCCAAUUACUUUCUCAGAUACCCCAAAUGAAAAUAUCCGUAUCUUCCAUGCAGGCACUUCCUUUAAAGAGGGCCAAAUUGUUACCAGUGGCGGUCGUGUCCUUGCCGUAAAUGCGACUGGAGAAACUGUUGAGUCUGCUGUCAAAUUAGCUUACGAGGGUGUGCAAACUGUGCAAUACAAAGAUAUGUCUUUCCGCAAAGACAUUGCCCAUCAUGCUCUUAAACCCUCAACUGCCUUUAAGGAAAGUUUAACUUACGAGACAGCUGGUGUUUCUGUUGACAAUGGUAAUGAAUUUGUUCAACGCAUUAAAGAGAUGGUCAAAUCUACUCGCCGUCCCGGUGCCGAUGCUGAUAUCGGUGGCUUUGGAGGUGUCUUCGAUUUAAAGCGUGCCGGUUGGGAUGAUCCCUUGUUGGUCAGUGCCACCGAUGGUGUUGGUUCUAAACUUUUAAUAGCUUUACAUACCGAUAAGCAUGAUACGGUUGGUAUUGAUUUGGUAGCAAUGAAUGUCAAUGACCUCGUCGUUCAAGGUGCCGAGCCACUUAUCUUUUUGGACUAUUUUGCAACUGGUAAAUUGGACCUUCCCGUUUCCACCAGCUUUGUUGAGGGUGUCGUAAAUGGCUGCAAACAAGCUGGCUGUGCUUUGGUGGGAGGAGAAACCUCUGAGAUGCCUGGUCUUUAUCACGAAGGACAUUAUGAUGCCAAUGGUACCUCGGUGGGUGCUGUUUCACGUCAGACAAUGUUGCCCAAUUACGAGUCUUUCCGUCCAGGAGAUGUUUUGCUCGGUUUGGGUUCCGAUGGUGUUCAUUCCAACGGCUACUCACUUGUUCGUCGAAUUGUUGAUGUUAGCGGAUUAGACUAUAACUCUAAGUGCCCCUGGGAUGAUAGCACUUCUUUAGGUAUCUCCUUACUUACUCCCACUCGAAUUUACGUUAAGCCAUUGCUUCAGAUAAUCAAGAAGGGUUUAAUCAAUGGUAUGGCACACAUCACUGGUGGAGGACUUGUAGAGAAUGUGCCUAGAAUGCUUCCUAAGCAAUUCAAAGCCGUGAUAGACGCAAAUACUUGGAAGGUCCCAGAAGUAUUUAAAUGGCUGCAGCGCACUGGUAAUGUUCCUGUGUCUGACAUGGCUAGAACCUUUAACAUGGGUAUUGGCAUGGUAGUUGUAGUUCCUUCUGAAAACGCAGAAGAAGCCAUGCAAGAUCUUAGCAAAUCUGGUGAAACUGUUUAUCGUAUUGGAACACUCGUCGAGAAUACUGACCAAGAACAAUGUAACUUGCUUAAUUUGAGUAAGUGGGAGGCUUAUUAUUAA